AUGUCCACUUCGCCGGAGUCGGACACAGAGCGCAAUGUCUCUCCUACGGCACAAGACCCAGCCACGUUCCAAAAGGCCGACUUGGAGCGUCUGGGACGUCAACGGCCGGAGACUUUCAAGACUGCGAUCUCUGAGAUAGCCUUCUGCACGUCGAUGUUAGUGUCGAUGUUGAUGUCGGAAUACUUCGUCUCCGGCUUCAACAUCCUCCUCCCAACCGUCUCAAAAGAACUCGACAUCCCAAUCGCCGCCCAGAUAUGGCCCUCAAGCGUCUUCGCCCUGAUCGUGGGCGCCAUCCUCCUCCCGCUGGGCAGGAUAGGCGACAUCUACGGCGGCUUCAUCGUCUUCACCUCGGGCCUGGCCUGGUUCGUGGUCUGGACCGUCAUCGCCGGGUUCAGCGUAAACUACCACAUGCUCAUCGCGGCCCGGGCUCUCCAGGGGCUGGGCCCCGCCGCCUUCCUGCCCACGGGGAUCAUGAUCCUCGGCAAGAUCUACAGGCCCGGACCCCGGAAGAACCUCAUCUUCAGCCUGUACGGGGCCUUCGCGCCCCUGGGCUUCUUCUUCGGCGUCAUCAUGGGCGGCAUCGCGGGCGAGUACCUGAGCUGGAGGUGGUACUUCUGGCUCGGCGCCAUCGUCAUCGGUCUCUGCACCGUCAGCGCCUACCUCAGCGUCCCGCGGGGCGCCCUGCAGACCCCGGGAGUCAAAAUGGACUACUGGGGCGUCUUCACCACGGUCCCCGCCCUCGUCCUGAUCGUGUUUGCCGUCACGGAUGGCGCUCAUGCGCCAAAGGGCUGGGCGACGGACUACAUCGUAGUCACAGUCGUGCUGGGUUUCGUGAUGCUGGGGAUAGCUUUCUUCGUUGAGCGCAACGUCGCCGAGCAGCCCCUUCUGCCAGGGAGCCUGUUCAGGCCAAAGUAUGUCAAGACGAUCCUGGCCGCCCUCGUGUUUUCAUACGGCAACUUCGGUAUCUUUAUGUACUACGCCAGUUUCUAUCUCUACACAGUCAUGGAGUACAGCGUCCUCUCAACAGCACUGGCCUUCAUCCCCAUGGCAGCAGGAGGCGUCGUCCUGGCCACACUAGGGGGCUUCACCCUCCACCUCCUCCCGGGCCGCAUCCUCCUGAUCAUCGCGGGCGCAGGCAGCGUCAUCAGCGUGCUCCUCUUCGCGCUGAUCCCGGAGGGCGGGUCCUACUGGGCGUGGGUGCUCCCCUCCAUGAUCGGCGCGACCCUCGGGGUCGACAUCGCCUUCAACGUCACCAACGUCUUCAUCACAACCAACAUCCCGCAGAAGGACCAGGGCGCCGCCGGCGCGCUCAUCUACAGCAUCCUGUUCCUGCCCAUCAGCCUGUUCCUGGGCAUCUCGGACGUCGUGGCGGCCAGCUACGAGCACCGCGGCACCAUGGUCAGCUACAAGGCGGCCUUGUGGUUCAGCACGGGCUGCGCCGCCGCGUCGCUGGUGCUGUUUUGUUUUGUUGACACGGGGAAGGCGGAGAGCCAGCUGAGGGUCGAGGAGAAGGAGGCGCUGGAGGAGUCGGGGCAGGAGGACGCUGGCGUUGUCUCUGGGUCUAACUGA